AUGAGUUUAUACAUAAAUAUCGAUCUAUUCGAACAACUAACAAUCCGAAUCGGACGUUUACGACUAAAAAGAUAUAGGUCAAUACCACCCUUGACAAUCCUCGUCGCCUUCGCGCCGACGUCGAGUUAUGACGAAGAAGAAGUCGAAGCAUUCUGUAUGGACUUGGAAAAGUUCUACAGAGAAGACCAUACAUUCUUCAAGGUCAUCGAUGGAGAUUUCGACGCCAAGACUGGACCAAGAAGAACGUCGAAGAAAGUCAGAUUGAAACCCACGGAUUAG